UUUGAGACAUCAACUAAUCCAGGAUUUUAGGACAUCAGCUACGAGGAAAAAUAGCAGUGAGGUGCGAUUUCACGGGUCUUUAUGGAUUAUUUUUUCUGUGGAAAUCCGCGAACCACGUGAGAUGAGUGCACUGAAAGCGUCCCGACAGCGCGCGCACUCUCGCAGUUCUCGAGAAACGGUCGCGCGUUCGGAUUUCUUCAUGUAACCGCCAACUGUUUUCCUUACCCGCGUGUUUUCUUUCUUUUAUUUUUCGUUUGCUCAUUUUCAUCACUCGCUAUGGCUUGGCCGUGCAUCAGCAGAGUCUGCUGCCUGGCCCGGUUCUGGAACCAGUUCGAUAAAUCGGAUCUGUCCGUUCCGCUAACCAUCCAGAACUACUCGGACAUCGCGGAACAAGAGGUGCGAUCCGUCGCCAAACUGGUUUCCGCGGAGCGAGCGCCAAGCGUUGACUUUUUAACGCAGGAUCAGCGCGGUUCUCCCGCGGCGCGGGAUGCUGUUGGAGUGCGUCGCCCGCAACGGGGACGGACGGAAACGAGUUACAAACCCCGAGACGACUACAGUCCCCCGGGUGUGCCUUUCACGAGCGUGACCCAGUAUAAACAGGAUUACAAACCCUGGCCCAUCCCAAAGAAGGAUAACUUUCCCUGGAUCAGUAACGGCGGAAAGGGAGGCAGUGUGACGGAUAGCCCGGUAAACGGGGUCGCCAACGGUACGACGCAUCCGCGGGCGGAGCGGAGCGGGAGGCAGAGAGGAGGAGAUCACAUCAGCUCAUACAGACAAGAGUACCAGCCUUGGUCUGGAGCUCGGCCGUCAAAGCCUGCCCAGAAACGGCCCACCUCUCUGGGUACAGGGUCUGACGCUGCCCCGCCGGCGACCAGCUACCAGGCUGCCUUCAGCCCGGACGCACACAGACAGACAGACGGCGUACCGGAGACCGGCACGCAUGCGGAGCAAAGCAGUCUAUCAGAGAGAGCACACACACAGCGGGCGGAGGUCAGCAAUAAACCAGAGGAGCAGAUGAAGACCAAGCUGUCACCAAACCCAUCCGCCGUCUUUCAAAGCAAAUCCAGGAUCUUCAACAUAUGAUCCAUCAAGCUCCCCUCGCACACAUUUAGUAGACAAGGAAAUUCUUCUAAAUAGGAAUGUUUAAUGUUUGAAAAUGUCUGCUCGGAGAUUGAUCUUUGAUCCUUUGAAUAGAUAAUCGAGGGAAAAUAACUAUUGAUGAAGAUGAAAAGCAACAGAGAUUUUCUAAACCAUUCCACAAAGGACAUAAAACAUUAAGAGGAAAUUUGCUGGAACUUUACACCAUGUAAAAUCUAUGCAAGAGAAUGUAUGCUCGAAAUGUCAAACAUCUAUGAAAGUAUAUACUACACAUCAGGGUUAAGACUUUGUGUGAAAGAAAGGGUGUGUGAAA